AUGCUAGCUCCGCCCCAGAGGCACAAACGACCUCGAUCACCUUCACCUCCUCCCCUUCAACUUUCAUCGCCCGACCUGACCUCACCAUUGGACGUACUGCUGAAACGAAGAAGAAGGGAUGAACGGUCAUUCUCAAGUCCCAACGACCAUCAUCAAUACCAUCAACACAAUCAAAACCAUGACUACUUCGAUCUACACCCUACAACGGAUAACGCUGACCAACCGCAUGCGGAAAGUAGUACUUCAGCUUUGAAGAGGUCAAUGAAAGGUGUAGAAAGACGACGAACGAAACAAUGGGAAAAGCAGAACGCUCCUUCUGCUUCUGCUUCACAACCUACUCCACCACCUACAUUCCACAAUCAUGCUAUGACACCCAAUCAAAGGAAUUACCGUUCACAGCCUGAUCCCCUAAUGUCUUCUUCACCCAUUAGGAAUGUAUACCCUUCAAGUUCACCUUUCAGAGCGAAAGACGAAGAACUCAUAUGGCAAACGCCUACGAACGUACAUUCAAAUGCUAGUGGAGAACAGUAUGCUAUGGCAGGAACGGAGGAAGAAGGGGAGGAUGGAGAGAUGAAAAUGAUGGAUGAAGAUGAGAUGAAGAGACAGUGGGGCGAAGCUUAUCAGAAACAAAAUUGGUUGUUGCGUAAUUUGCACCUCGCCAAGAUCCAAUCGCAAUCACAAUCACAACACCCCAUCCCAACUCAUCAUCAACAUUCACAUCCCUCUCAUACACCUCUGCACAAUACAGACUCCACGUCCAGCACUUCGACAUACAUCAAUGAGCCAACUCUCGUCUCUCCUCAUCCUUCAUACCGAAAUCAACCUUCCUACCCUGAUUCAUCCCCUUUCAACUCACACCAUCCGUCUGUUGAGCUCCAUUCGCCCUCUCACGUACAUGAUGGCGAUGAAGAUAUGGAAGUCCUAGAUACGGACAACGCUGAUCCUCUUCAUUUGCGAGAGAUAGAGGAUGAGGUGGUGAGAAAGAGAUACGAAGAGACGAAUAGGCUUUUAGGGGAGUUGGCUGUCGUCAGGCAGAGGAGAUGGGGUUGA